AUGAAUUCGCAUCCAUCAGACGACAUGGCGCAUCGAGAUCGCGACUCCGCCGAGCGACACCACCGAGACAGCCAGUACCCUGCGCCCACGGGGACACCACACCACAGCAACGCUGCCUCUUUGCCCAUCCACCAGCCCGUCGCCUCGAGGCUCCCGGGCGCCAUCCACAGCCCCGGCGGCCUCCUGGCGAGCCACGGCUCUGCCCCGAUUCCGCUCGGCGCACCUCCAGGCGCAUCCUUCCCUGGCGGUCCCGGCCCCGGCCCAGCCGAGUCGAACCGAGCCCCCCAACAUAACGCCCAGAAUGCGUCGAGCCAGAUGUUCACGGCCAUCAGCGGCCCUGGUCCGAAUGCAGGCCCGCCAACUUCGUCGGCCGGAUCCGCGCUCGCUCUAGGUCCUCCGUUGCAACAGGAUGCUCGCCCUCCGGCCGCCCAGACGAUUCCAUUUAGUGGUGGCAGCGCCGGCGGUCCUGCAGGUCCCCCUGUGCCGCCCGGUGGUGGCGCACUGCAACAAGGUCAACAGCCUAUUUUGAAUGAUGCUCUCAGCUAUCUCGAUCAGGUCAAGGUCCAGUUUGCAGAUCAACCAGAUGUCUACAAUAGGUUCCUCGAUAUUAUGAAAGAUUUCAAGAGCCAGACAAUCGACACCCCAGGAGUAAUCAAGCGUGUCUCCGAGCUCUUCGCGGGCCAUCCCAACCUGAUCCAAGGUUUCAACACGUUCCUGCCACCCGGAUACAGGAUUGAGUGUGGUGAAGGCAACCCCAGCCACAUUCGCGUUACUACACCGAUGGGCACCACCCUACAGCCAAUCACGGCAGGGAAGUUCAACUUCGUCGACGGGAGUCAGAACCAGCCGGCAUCGGGAGCCAACUUCUUCAACAACCGCACCAGCAACUGGCAACAACAGCAAUCGCAGCCGCAGACCAGCAUCGAAAGCCCCGAGGCCCAGUUCAGUGCGCCUGCCACAAGUGGUGCUGGCAUCUUUAGCCAAGGUCAAGGUGCUGCCCAGAACGCUCCGUUUGACGGUCCUGGUUCUGCUCAGCAACAACGGGGAACUUCGCAGGUUCCCAAUUCGACGACGCCAAACGCUGCAGGUACACGCAACGCCCUUACCCCCACGCCCGGCGCUCAGGGUGCUGCGAACGGUGCCAACGUCCAGAACGCCGGCAUGGAGAAACGUGGCCCGGUCGAGUUCAACCAUGCUAUUAGCUAUGUGAACAAGAUAAAGAAUCGAUUCCAGGACAAGCCCGAGAUAUACAAACAGUUCUUAGAAAUACUGCAGACAUACCAACGAGAGCAGAAACCCAUCCAAGACGUCUAUGCUCAGGUUACGAGCCUGUUCAACGCUGCUCCCGACCUUCUCGAAGACUUCAAGCAGUUCCUCCCCGAAUCGGCAGCAUCAAAUAACAAGAGCGGGCCGCCGCGACCUGAAGACGCCGUGGGUUUGAAUAGUCUCGUACAGUCCACGCCGCAGCCUAGCCACACGGUGAGGGACGGUCAGAAGAUGCCUCCAGUGGGUAACUUUGCUCCGCCCAGUGCCACCAAAGAUACCAAGAAGCGCCCUCGCAAUGAGAAGGCUACGCCGGUAGCAGCACCUAUCAUGGCAGACAGCCUUGGACCUGGUGGACAACGCGCCAUCCCUGGGGUCUCCAGUACCAGCAAGAGACCAAAGCUCGCGCAUAAGCCGUUGGCAGCAGACGUACCAUCAAUUGAGCCAACCUUGACGCCAGUGAUGCCUGAACCUCUUCCUCCGGCCCCAGAUAACCAGUGCUCCUCCGAGGAGCUGGGCUUCUUCGAGAAGGUCAAGAAGCACAUCGGUAACAGAGCAACCAUGGUGGAGUUCCUUAAGCUCUGCAACAUGUACUCGCAAAACCUCAUCGAUAGGGACAGUGUGGUUCACAAGGCAAGCCAGUUCAUUGGUGGUAACCCUGAGCUACUGAAAUGGUUCAAGGAGUUCAUGGGCUACGAAGGCUACGACGAAAACAUUGAGAACCGACCCCGGCCUCCGAGCGAGAAGGUAUCGCUGAGCAAUUGCCGCAGUGUUGGGCCUAGCUACCGUCUUCUGCCGAGAAAGGAGAAGUUGAAGCCUUGCAGUGGUCGCGACGAGAUGUGCAACGCUGUGCUCAACGACGAAUGGGCUUCGCAUCCGACCUGGGCUUCCGAAGACUCGGGCUUUGUAGCACAUCGCAAGAACGCCUUCGAAGAAGGUCUCCAUCGAAUCGAGGAAGAGCGCCAUGACUACGACUUUAAUAUCGAGGCCAAUGUUAAGUGCAUUCAGCUGCUGGAACCCAUCGCACAGCAGAUGCUCAAUAUGACAGCUCAGGAGCGUGAUUCCUUUGUGAUGCCUCCGGGUUUGGGUGGUCCGAGCACCUCGAUUUAUAGACGGGUCCUGAAGAAGAUUUACGGUAUCGAGAAGGGUGCUGAAGUGGUCAACGACAUGUUUGAGCACCCCUUCGCUGUUGUGCCUGUGGUUCUUGCUCGUCUGAAGCAGAAGGAUGAGGAAUGGCGAUUUACGCAACGCGAGUGGGAGAAGGUCUGGCAAGCCCAGACCGAAAUCAUGCACCUGAAGAGUCUGGAUCACAUGGGCAUCCAGGUCAAGCAGAACGACAAGAGGAACCUCUCGGCAAAGCACUUGAUCGAUGUUAUCAAGACCAAGCACGAGGAGCAGCGACGUAUGCGCUCCGUCAAGGCCAAGGUGCCCCGCUUCCAGUUCUCGCAUGAACUCGGUGACCAAGAGGUCAUUCUGGACCUACUCCGCUUCAUGGUACUCUAUGGCAUGAACAACGGCCAUCACAGUACAUCUGAGAAGGAAAGGAUUGUCGACUUCUUCGAAACCUUCAUUCCUCAGUUCUUCGAGCUUCCUGAGGACAAGGUCCAAGACCGCCUUCGUGACAUUGACAGAGAGUCUGCGGAAGAGGACGUCGAGGAGCAGCUCCCGGCCGAGUUGACUAAUGGCCGCUCUCGCCGCAAUGGCAAGAAGUCCGACCUUCUGCGAGGCGUUCUUGAUCCUGGCCGCAAUGGCACCAAGAGUCGUAAGGAGAAGGAAGGCAGCACUGCCUCUGGUAGCAAGGAGAGCACGCCUGACACCGGUUCCGGCAACGAGGAAGAGAUGGCCGAUGCUCCCGAUGAGCCAGUCGCCUCCGAGACGUCCAAUGAACGUUGGCUUCCCAUCGUGCCUCGCGCGACGGUAGUGAAGGGAGCUAACCCCUUACUGGACUCUGAGGGCGAGUUGAAGGCGGAUGGCUUCUUCCCUCGUCCUUGGUACCACUUCUUCUGCAACCAGACCAUUUACGUGUUCUUCACCAUUUUCUCAACCCUCUACAAGCGUCUCAAAGCAGCGAAAGAGAGCCAAGACAGUGUUUUGGAACAGAUUAUACGGUCUGAGAACAAGAAGCCUGCCAAGCAACUCGGCAUUGCCAUCAACGAGAUCAACUACUUCGAUAAGAACGACACCGCUUCGUUCUGGCCCAAGACAGUUGAGCUCAUCGAAGACUAUAUCAUGGGCGAGAUCGACGACAACCGUUACCAAGAAGUCCUACGUCACUACUACCUCAAGAAGGGAUGGACGCUAUACACUGUCCAGGACCUCCUCAAGACGCUCUGCCGGCUGUCACUUGUCUGCACGAGUACCGACUCCAAGGAGAAGACGCCAGACUUGAUCAGCCAAUUCCUGAACAGCCGGGCUCAAGAGGAGACGAGCUACCAGACUGAGAUUAGUGCACGCACUUUUGCACAGAAGUGCGUCAAAGAUGGCGACAUGUUCUUGAUCUGCUGGUUCCCCAACAAGAGCGAGGCAACUGUUCGCUGGUUGCAACGUGAUGAGACUACCUUCCACAUGGAUGAGAUGGAGCUCCGUGAACGAUGGCAAUACUACAUCUCUUCCUUCAUGCGCGUGGAACCUACGGAAGGAGUUCCCCGUUCACGCCUCCAGAAGUCGGUUCUGGCUCGCAAUCUCCCAUCCAGCGACGUUGAUUCGGACGACGGCAAUGUUCCCAAACCGCUGCAAUUCGAGGAGAAUCUGGUCUUGAGGAUAUGCCUGAAUUCGAACAAGAUCGUCUGGGAGGAGGGCACUUCAGAGUAUUUCAUAUACAACACUGUACCUGAACUCCCCGAGGAGAAGGCGGCUGCCGACGAACGCAUGUCCGCUCUCCAUGAGCACCGCGACCAACGAUUCAAGGAGAAGUUCGUUAUGAACAGCCCUUGGAUGCGCAACGUCAACCAGGACGAGGUGCAGAAGGCCAAUGAGAAAUACCAGAAUUGGCUCAAGGACGGAGUGGCGCCGACGUCGAGCGUCCGGGAUGACGAGAUGGAGGAUGUCGAGUAG